AUGUUGUCACGGUUACAACUAUUAUUGGCAACAAGUAUUCUUGGCUGUGCGAUCGUCGUAUACUCUCAGCGCAGUCAAUCGUCAGUCAUAGCCGAUCUUGGGAAGUUGAUCGUUGACAAUUGUCCGCCUAUGUUAUGCACAGGUCUUGACUGUGCUGUGGUAACCGAAAGAAAUGGCUGUCAGUUAUGCGCUUGUCCGAUCGGCUCUCCAGCACGCGGUUGUGAUCCGAUGCCGUUCAUACUCUGGCAUGACCUGAUUGUCAAUGGAUGCCCGAAUGUAACGCUUAAUAGCCGUGAUCCAGCUCAAAAGGUGCACCGUUGGUUUAGGAGGGUGAACCGCUUCACUAACACUGACCAAUGUGAACCAUACAUCUUCCCCUAUUGCCCUGAACUGGACUUCAAUCUCUGGAGAUCUCCUAGAACUAAACAGGAAUGUGAACUUUACUGCUAUUCGGUGGACGAACAGAGGAAACGUGGUAUUAUCUAA